AUGGGAAUCCACUUUAUUGAAGAUGGAAUUUCUUUCCUUAAGGAGAAUACGCCGGUUGAUGAGGCUAGUAUCAGGAUUGUUGUGUGCUCACUUUUGUCGUACCCCUUUGCAGUAAUCUUUAAAAGAUUGCCAGACGUUAACUAUACUUUGAAGAAUUUUUACGUAGUGCUGGUAUCAUCUUUCUAUGUCUUUGGAAUCUUGAACCUCUACAGUGGGAUUCAAACUCUUUUGAUUUCCGCUUUGGGUUGCUACUUCAUUACUAGAUAUGUUCGUACGUCAGCGAUGCCAUGGUUCAACUUUGUCUUUUUGAUGUCCCAUUUAUGUAUUAGUCACUUGCAUACUCAGUUCUUUGUUGAAAUGGACAAUUCCAAGAUUGAUAUCACUGGAGCGCACAUGGUUCUUAUCAUUAAGUUGACUUCCUUUGGUUGGAAUGUCUACGACGGUAGACGACCAAAGGAUCAAUUGACAGAAUUUAACAAAUCAAGAGUGAUCAGAAGGCAUCCGAACAUAUUACCUUACUUGGGGUACGUCUUCUUCUUUGCAUCCGUCUUGACUGGGCCUAGUUUCGAUUAUGCAGAUUAUGAUAAAUUUAUUCACUCCACCAUGUUCGAUGACGUACCUGACUCCAAGAGGCCUGGUCGUACCGUGAAACGUAAGAUUCCAAAGAGUGGAUGGCAGGCAUUCGGUAAAUUUUCCUUAGGAAUUUUCUUUGCUACUUUGUUGAUACUCUUAGGAAAGCAUAUUACAUUAGAUUAUGUAUUUGAUUCCCAAUUCGUGCAGCAACAUUCAUUCUUCUAUAGAAUCUUCUACUUGUGGGCGUUGGGAUUUGUCCACAGAUUGAAGUACUAUACCAUUUGGGAAGUUGCGGAAGGUAGUUGUAUUUUGUGUGGAAUUGGUUAUAACGGGUAUGAUGCAGAAACUAACUCAUUUAGAUGGAAUAGAGUACAAAACAUUGACCCAUGGGCAUUUGAAACUGGUCAGAAUGUCCAUGCAUGCUUGGAAUCAUGGAAUAUGAAUACAAACAAGUGGUUGAAGAAUUAUGUUUACUUGAGAGUCGCCAAGAAGGGAAAGAGACCAGGUUUCAAGAGCACAUUAUUUACAUUCGUGACUAGUGCAUUCUGGCACGGAACUAGACCCGGGUACUACAUGACCUUUGUAAUGGGUGCCUUUUAUCAAACUAUUGGUAGAAUAUACCGUCGGAACUUCAGACCUAUCUUCUUGAAGAGUGAUGGUACUGGGAAGCCAACUAAAAUCAUUUAUGAUAUCAUAUCUUAUUUUGUAACUCAGUUGGCCUUUGGAUAUGCCGUUCAUCCAUUCGUCAUAUUGGACUUCAAGAAAUCCUUGCAGUGUUGGUCUACUGUUUACUAUUAUGGUGCCAUUCUUUCGGGGCUUACAAUGGUCAUAUUCAAAGGUCCCUAUAGUAAGGUUGUCAUAAAUUGGUUAAAGCAAUUCCACCCACCAGCUGUUCAAGCAAAGGAAGAAAAGAUUGGGAAGGUAGAUGAGAGCAAGUACCAAUUGAACUCCAACGAAAAGCAAAAGAUCAAAGAAGUAUUAGUCAAUAGCAUUCCUGGUGAUUCAUUAAACACUUCAGAUGAUAUCCCAACGUUAGGUUUACCACCAAUUGAUGUUUUGGAAGAUAUGAAUAAGGAGGAAUUCGAUCAAGAUAUGAAGGAUCUUGCUGGUGUCUGGAAUUCGUUCAGAUCAAGAAGAAAAUCCAUCAGCGACGACGAUUUCGAAGGACUUAAAGAUGCGUACAAUAGUUUUAAAGAGGAGAUAAAUGAUAUUUUCGCUUCUCAGAGUGAUUCACUUAAAAAUGAGCUUAACAAGAUCAAGGAGAGUAAGAAAAAGGACUAG